AUGGACUUUGUCAAGAAAUUCGCCGGCGGUAACAGCGGAGAGCAGUCUGCUCAGCAGGGAAGCGCUCAGCAAUCUGGCGGUUUCCUCGGUGGCAUUGGCAACAAGCUCAACUCCGCUGCUGGCGGUGGUGUCGAGAGCGAAAAGAACGAGGACUACCUUGACAAGGGCGUCGACUUUGUUCAAGAGAGAUUCAUGGGUCAAGGCCCCCAGAACAACGAAUCCGCCAUCGAGCAGGCCAAGGACGAGCAAAUCUCUGACUUCAUCCGCAAGCAAUGGAAGACCACCACCGGCUCCGACAUCCCCAUCAAGGACAAGGAGACCAAGUUUUAG